AUGUCAGGAUCUAUGCAGGCCGUGACGGUUUGGCUGCACGCGUUGAUGUUGUCAACGGAAGAAUAUGAUUUGGAAGUAUAUGAUUGCAGAGUAACGAUAAGAGGAAUUCCUUCAUUAGUGACCAGAAUAAGCUCGAAAUCUGCGUCUCCAACAUUUGGCAAACACGUUCGACAGCUUCUUUUAUUAAAAACAUCAGUGGGAGCUUUGGCAGCAGGCAAGUCAGUGAUGACAAAAGACUACAUUUGUGGUGCUUACUGUAGCAUUCCGUUGUGUCUAAGCAUUAAAGAUUCUCAGCGGCAUUGUAUCCUAACAGGGCUGCCAUUCCAGACAUUGCGCUUGCGUGAUACAUGCUUGAUCAUGUAA